AUGUCAGUGUUUUCCAGCGGCCUCGCUUCUCGUUUCCAAGCGUCAUUCGAUCGUGUACCACAUGUAGUAAUCGGCAAGGCAGUUCCUCACGUGCAUUUUGCAUUCUACGUCCGAUGUCUGUCGAUGAAGUCCAGGCUGGUUGUUCUCAAGGAUUUGCAUGGAAGCGCUGCUUCUGUUAGACGUUUAAAUGCGAGCGAGCAACCUGAUGCCAAUAAGCCGAACCUUCCACCAUUCUUUCCGACAACACUCCCCCAUCAUAUUCAUGGUGUACCGAAGCUCUUCCAUACUCUUUUGCCAAUUCCAAUAGUACAGGGCAGGUGCAUUCGGGGCUCCACCGGUUACAUGCGAGGUUAUUCACGAGGUUAUUCGCGAGGUGAACUCAAUGGCCUCGACAGUCGCCGCAAGAUUCGGAAAACCGUCGUAACUCGGAAGUUCUUUGUAUCUGAGUGCUCCAAAAAGAUCACGAAUCAGAUUCACCUUGAGAUGCUUCAACCGCCGAAACUGGCGUAA